UGAGCUCGUGACGAGUGGACGUGGGGCUUGCGCACGGUGUUACCGAUAACACGUAUCGGGCGUGUUUUUGCCGGGCACCUUAAUGAAAAAUUGAUGAAAAAGCGGUCCUAACGAUCCAUCCUCGGUCCUGGGGUGUAUGUAGACUGUGCUCUAAUUAAACAUUGUGAGAAGGAUAUUAGUAAUGUUACCGUCUACGAUAUGACUGAUUAAAAGCCGAGCGUGUGUAAUAGCACUAUGACUGUGGAUACCUAGUGUUGGACAGUGUAGUGUUUAUCGAUUAUCGACAUAAUGGCUUGGUUGGUGUUGAUGUUGCUUCCGCUUGUCGCGGCAGCUCUGCCGGCGACUGACACGGAUUCAUGCAACCCUGACAAAAUGACCGUUUAUCGGAUGGUUUUACAUACUUACUGGACGAGAGAAAAAUUUCCGAAACAUUAUCCCGACUGGAGGCCGCCAGCUCAGUGGUCGAGAAUUUAUGGAGUGUCCCAUAGUCGGUCAUAUGUUUUGUUUCGCUUGGGUCGGCGAGUGUCGGCCCCCGUUCGACAAUUCGCCGAAUCAGGACGAUCUGAUAGCCUCGGUUCGAGUCCAGGAACCCUUGACGUGUUUGGCGCGCCCGCGAUCAGUCAAGGCGCUGGAAGAACUGAAGCGGAAUUCUUCGUAGACGGGAAUCAUUCUCGGGUAUCAGUAAUGGCCCGAAUGGUUCCGUCUCCGGAUUGGUUCAUUGGAGUAGACAGCUUUGAUCUCUGCGUCGACGGGAACUGGAUAGACAGCAUCACUAUAGAGGUGGAUCCAUUAGAUGCUGGCACCGAUAAUGGUUUUACAUUCACGGCACCCAACUGGCCGACUGCACCACAGGGGGUAGCGUAUCGCAUCACGUCAAAAUACCCCUCACAUCCCGCUGGUUCAUUCUUCUACCCACAUCUCAGAAGACUGCCUCCGAUCGCCACAUUUCAAUUCAUAAAGCUCCGGGAAUACGAACUCUCGGAAGUAUUUCACCGAGACAGCGACGAUCGACGAUACGAUGUGCUCCAGCUCGACAAACUCAGCCACAAUAACAUUGACGUGCUCGACGGGAACAGGGCUCUCUCCAUCGCCGAGGAAGUAGAACGAGCUGAGGCACCCAGGAUUUACUCAGAAGGAUCUCUCACCACACCAGAUAACGCUUAUUCAUACUAUUCAAUUACAAACAACACAGCGAGUACAACCGAAGAGCCUCGAUCAGCGAACGAAUUGCCGACGUCAGGACCGACAGCCAGCGAGCGGUCAGCUCUAAGGAGUCUCGCGCGACGUUACCGCGCGAGGAGACGCCGCAAGCUGCGCGCAGACAAUACGGAUCCAGCCGAGCGUAGAAAGCGGAAAAGAGCGAAGCUUCUAGACUGCCGCGUAUCGGAUUGGGGUGAAUGGAGUCCCUGCAGAAAUGACGGCGGUUGUGUUGGAUCGGCAUUACGAACACGGAGGAUCUUACGUCGCCAACGACCUGGUGGCAAACCCUGCCCCCCUACAGCACAAUCUCGGUGGUGUGCAACAAACUGCACGACGCCAGUACCCCAGGACGACUGGCGAAAUAACCUAACGUAAUGCACAUUUGAAUCCAAAUUAUUCCAUUUUUGAAAUUAUCUUUGUCUCAUUUUAACGACCAGUAUUUUGAACACUAUUUACGUCUUUAAUUUCCUUUCGUUGGCAUCUGUCCGUCCGUCCAAUAAAAUUGAUUUUGAUUCCAAUCGUAUCUGACAUUGAUAUCUUUUUAAUGUAAAUUCGUGGUGUGUAAAAAUAUUGGAUAAAAUUUCUGUAUAAAAUAAUUUAUUAAGAGACGACUGUCGAUGUUCGGUGAUGGUAGGCUUUGAUUGUUUGCCGCUGUACCUAAUAACUGCUUUUUCUGUUUUAUUUCUCUAUUGGUUUGUCCAUUAUCAUUAGGGAUAAAUUUAAGUACUGAGAUGGGAUGUAGAAGUGUUCUGAUUUCAAUUUAAGUUACCCGAUGUCUUUCAGAUUUGUGUCUUAUUUACAUUAUUUAAAUAAAUGAAAUGUUCAUUUGAUUGCGACUCUUAAACAUAUUUCUGAAAUAAUAUCAACCAUGCACUAAGCUAAAUAAUACUGACUAAUACUGACCGCACUCGGCAAUCGCUAGCGAUUGUCUUGGAAAUACAUUCAAAUUUUAAAUAAUUUUGUUAGAUGAUUAUUUCUUUUUUACUAGGUACUAAGUAUAUGAUAGCUACGUAGAUAUACGAAGACUUUAAAGCCACCUCAUCUGCCUUCUCCAUGUAAAUUGUCGCGUUCCCUCAGCGACUUAGAAAUGUUGUAACAGUAUCAAUAGUCCGCGUGUGGUUAGUCAAUUAGUAGUGUACUCGUCUCAUCACUAAAAUAUACAUAUCGCUUAAGUAUUCAAGUUUGUGACAGUAAUUCAAUAAAUAAUAGAAUUGUUUUAGGAAAUAAAAACUCCAAAGAUGCAGCUUUUAUUUUUAAUACUUGUAAGUGUAAAAAAAAUUUAAUGAAUAAGUCUGUACUUAGAAAAUAAGGUUGAAUUAACGUUCGAUAAUUUUUUUGUUACAAUUAUUACUUUUUAUUUAUUUUAUUAUAAAACAAAAACUUAAAAAUAUUGUAUUUUCAGGAUUAGUAUGCAUGGUUUCAUUACGUAUUGAUUAUAUUUAAAUAUAGAAUUAUGAUAUAAUUGUUUAGACAUUCUUUAACUUAAUUAAAAAAAUAAUAAAUGGUAAAUGGUUUAAUAGCUUUAUAAUAUAACAAAAUAAUGUUUUUGCUUCGAUAUGCCAAAGAAUGACUAGGCUUAAUUUCGAAACCCGGACAUACUCAAUUCAAUUGGAAAAAAUCUGAUAUUUAAAUAAAUUAAAAAUAAAUGUUGUAGUUAUUUGUGUGCUUAUGAUUCGUACGGCUCUGAUUAUAAAUAUUUAUUUAUAUUAUGUUCGGUGAAAAUUAAUAGAAAGGAACAAUAAUCUUUAGUAAUAUAUUAUCACUUAGCUACCAAAGACCGCACCCAUAUUGGUUUUACAAUAAAUACAUAUACUUGAACAUGUAAAAUAUUUUUUCCCACGUUGACCAGUUUGCUUAAUAUAACGAAAAAUAUUUUGUCACCAUAAUGACGUAUAAGCAGUUUGAGAAAUGCCGGUCCUAGUCAAAUUACAUAAUUAUGCUUCAAUCUGAAUUUUCAUUGGUUAUUGGUAGCUUAAGUUACAAGAGGCAACCAAUAAGCGUUCACAUUAAAGGCAAAAUAGAUGAUCUGACUAAUGAUUCAUACACUGGAGGUAACUGAUCGAAGAAAUUCUCAAAUUAUUUUCUAAAAGUCAUGGCAAACUUAGUCAAUGUUUUUCAACAAAUUGUCGUCAAAUUUCUGAGAAUCUUUAACGUUUGGAAAAAUAGUAUAAUUUAAGUUGCAACAAGAGAUCGAGAUAUACAAAUUUUAUCCCAAAAUAUUAAUAAAGUUAAAAAAAAACUGGCAUUGUAAAAUAGAUACAAAAAUUGUUAACCUUAGUGUAAUGAUUACUGAGUAUGUGUAUUUUUUACAAUGUAAAUUAUUCUGAUUUCAAUAAUAAAACAUAAUAACGA